AUGGCAGCAAGGAGCAUGAUUCAGAGCAAGGCAUACUCUAAACCUGCCCUAAUAAUGCUCAUAACCAAGCCCCGGCAAGAUCUACAGAGGAGACAGAGUUUAGAAGUUCAGUUCUGCCAACGGGUUCAAGAUAAGGAAGGCAUCCCUCCCGACCAGCAGAGGCUCAUCUUUGCAGGCAAGCAGCUGGAAGAUGGCCACACUCUUUCUGACUACAACAUCCAGAAAGAGUCGACCCUGCACCUGGUCCUGCGUCUGAGAGGCGGUAUGCAGAUCUUCGUGAAGACCCUGACAGGCAAGACCAUCACCCUGGAGGUGGAGCCCAGUGACACCAUCGAAAAUGUGAAGGCCAAGAUCCAGGAUAAGGAAGGCAUCCCCCCCGACCAGCAGAGGCUCAUCUUUGCCGGCAAGCAGCUGGAAGAUGGCCGCACUCUUUCUGACUACAACAUCCAGAAAGAGUCGACCCUGCACCUGGUCCUGCGUCUGAGAGGCGGUAUGCAGAUCUUCGUGAAGACCCUGACCGGCAAGACCAUCACCCUGGAGGUGGAGCCCAGUGACACCAUCGAAAAUGUGAAGGCCAAGAUCCAGGAUAAGGAAGGCAUCCCCCCCGACCAGCAGAGGCUCAUCUUUGCAGGCAAGCAGCUGGAAGAUGGCCACACUCUUUCUGAUUACAACAUCCAGAAAGAGUCGACCCUGCACCUGGUCCUGCGUCUGAGGGGUGGCUGUUAAUUCUUCAGUCUUGCAUUCGAAGUGCCCAGUGAUGGCAAUACUCUGCAUUAUAGCCAUUUGCCCCAACUUAAGUUUAGAAAUUAACAAGUUUCAGUAAUAGCUGAACCUGUUCAAAAUGUUAAUAAAGGUUUUGUUGCAUGGU